AUGUUUACAAUUCAAUUACAAGAUACAAAUCGUGAGGAAAACAAUGAUAUUGAUGUUGUCGUAAAGAAUACACCAUUUUUGAUCGUUGUAAAUGCCUCUGAUAAAUCUGUGUUCUCUUUUCUGUCUUCAGAGUUCUCAAAGGAGGCUGUUGUCGUACAAUUGGUGUAUGAUGAUGACUCUAGCUCUGAACUCGGUGUCACCUACCGUAAGACCAAACCAUUAGACUAUAACAUCUACUUGAAGGAACGUUCGAUGACCAUCGAGACCAGACUCCACGUAUUAUCGUCGAAACACGAGAACAACUGCUUCCGUGUAUCUGUAGACUUUAAUAAUAGCCAUUUAGUUACCGAUUCCAUCAAAUGCGUAUCUAAAUUGGACAGCAAGAGAAAGCGUACACCAGCCGUCUCGCCACCAGUCGUUCCAAACUCGCCAGAGUUGUCACUCGUCGACGACCAACAUACAGUACAGACCGCACCAAAGUCCACCGGAAAGAGAAAGCAAGCAGAACCAACUCCAUCCUCACCAAUCGUACCAACCGCAACUGUAAAUUCAUCCAAUAACAAUACCAACAACAACAAUGCCAAUUCCACUGUAAAUAGAGCAGUCAAGAAGCUCAGAGCCCAACAAAAGAAAGAUCGUGAACUUAUCUCUCUGCUAUACAAACAAAACCUCAUGUUGUUGAACCAAGUCAACAGUCUAACCAACGGUCUCAACAGUCUUAUCACAGUCCACAACGAGAGUGCUUCACAACCAUCGUCACCAAACUCUAUGUUCUCACCAGUGUCGCCAUCCGCCAACUCGACCCCAACCUCGCCAAGUGAAUUCUAUCCAACCAUCAACGCCGAUGCCGGUCUAGAUUCCAUCAGCUCUGACCAAUACAAUUUUACUAUGCCAUCCACCGAUUCCUCCAAUGUCAACGCCACUGCCAACAGCUGUAUGUCUGCAUCUGACAUUAGCUACCAAUGCCGUAGUGACAUGAGCAAUCCAAUCAACGUAACCGAUUUUUCUAUUUAUAAUGAUCAGGUAACACAGAAUUCCAAUUAUGGAACAUCCAACAACAACAUCAACAACACCAAUCAUUUUGAGUCCCACAUUGAUACUUCUCCCAUUAUUCCAAUUUCACCCCUAUAUAAUUCCUCAUAUUCACAUUCUAUUUUAGAUCUAAAUAAUCUAGAUUUUAUUAGUAAUAAUAACAGUAACAGUAUUAGUAGUAGCAGUACCAUGAGUAAUAAUCAAGCAGAUAACCAAGAAAUCCAACAACUCCAACAACAAAUCCAACAACAAUUACAACAGUUUAUCAAUGCUCCAGCAUACCAACCACAACAAGUAUCCGAUUACGUCGUCUAUUAA